GGAUAGAAACUGGCGGGUGGCCUAUUGUAUUACUGCAUUGGAAAACUAUAUUUCGCGUUUCUCGCCACCUUUGUAUUCACACAAUCAACACCGUUUCCCCGGGGAAUUUUAAUAAUAACAAUAACAAGAGCUUAUGCCCAUAUUUAAAAUGUCAAGGAUGAAAAUGUUGAUGUCUUACCUGAUGGUGUUGGUUUAUGCGGAGUUGUCUUAUGCAGUAGUCGAAAAACCAGGAUUCUGUCCAGAUGUGUCAAAAAAUACAUUCGGGGCAUGUGUUAUAGCAUGUGCUGAUGAUUCACACUGUAAGGAUUUUCAGAAAUGCUGUUCAACUGGAUGUGGGAUGCUUUGUUCAGAAGCAGCCUGUCGUGCUGGAGUUUCGAAAGUGAGCUGUCCACAAUCACUAUGUCGGUUCUCCCAGUGCCCGAAUGCUCCAGAUGCCUUAUGUAGAAUAGACUCCUGUGGCCAGUGCAAGGUUGAAUACUACAACAAAACCACGUGGGAGAAAAUCAGCUGCACUAAUGCUGGGCAAAAUCUAUGUGAAAGAAUGCGAGAUUACGGACGCGUGAAUCCACUACUAGGACGUUACGUGCCAACAUGUACAAACGAUGGGAAUUUUGAUUCGAUACAACGCAUGGGGAGCAGAAUAUUUUGCGUUGAUAAACAAAGUGGAAUUCCUGAUUUUACUACAGAGAAAGGCGUAGGACAGAUUCGAGAGAUGAAUUGUGAUAAAAAAGCGGAAAAGACGGAUUGUCAGUUGGCAAAAGAGGCUGCAUUAAAGCUUCCUCCCAUUGGACGGUUCGUGCCUUCGUGUAAAGACGAUGGAAGUUACGCAGACAAACAGUGUCAUGGUUCAACAGGAUUUUGUUGGUGUGUUGAUAAAAACGGCCGAGAAUGGUUUGGGUCGAGAAGAAGGGGAGCAGUCGAGUGUCCACGAGAUAUGUGUCCAGCGGGUGUGAAAAGUGUGGAUGGAUGUGAUCCAAUGAUAUGCUCAACGGUUUCCUGUCCUGGUCAUGACAAGCGUAAAGUUUCAUGUCGGAUCAAUCCAUGUGGACAAUGCAAGGCCGAGUUUCUUGACGAAAAUAAUCGCAAAGUUGAAUGUCAGACCUGCGCGAACAAACGUGCAAAAUUGCUUGGAAAGAAUGGUGGUCGACCUCUUGUUGGAGAAUACGUUCCACAGUGUGAUGUUUAUGGGAACUACAAACAAACCCAGUGCUGGGGAUCUGUUGGUCAGUGCUGGUGUGUUGAUCGUAUCAGUGGGGUGCAUGUUGAUGGAACGAUGACUAGAGGAACGCCGAACUGUAAAAGGUCUCCCGUUUUACGCGACUUCAAACGACCAGUUUGCCCAAACGGAUUUCCGAUGUUGCUGUGCCUUCGUCCUUUUUGUCAGUGGGCUAAAGGUUGCGAUAUCAAUGCAAAGGCAACAUGUCGUGUUAACCCCUGCAGAGCAUGUGCAGUCGAGUAUUUUGACGAGGAUAACAAACUGAUAGACUGCAAUCAAGAAAUGUCUAAAUGUGAACUGCAGCGUGCAGACGCUUUUAGCAGCAAGUAUAUUGGUUUACAACCCGUGGGAAGAUUCAUUCCUCAGUGCGAUAAAGAUGGGAAUUAUUCCAGGAUACAGUGUUGGGGGUCGACUGGAUACUGUUGGUGCGUCGAUGGUAAAACUGGAGUGGAACAAGAGUUAACACGUGUGAGAGGAACUCCUAACUGCGCAAUUAAAACACACGAAAAUUUGACAGAAAACAAUUCCGAGGUUAAACCAGGCCGAUGUCCAACCGUAAAACCCACUGAUACAUGUACUUCAAAAUGUGUUAAUGACAAAGAUUGCACCGGCAAAGAGAAAUGCUGUAAGAUUGGUUGUGGAAAAACAUGUAGAAAACCAGCUGAGGAACAAUUGGCGUGUCCUAAUGGGAUGCCGUUCCUACUUUGUCUUCAUCAUUGCCAACUGGCCAGUUGUCCUUCGCAUCCAAAAGCAAAAUGCACCGUUGACCCGUGCCGUAUGUGUAAAGUUGAAUUUAAAGACGACGAUGGGAAUAUUGUUAAUUGUACCGAGGGUUUAACCGAAUGCCAACUUCAGAAGGCGCAGUCACCCGUGAUGCCAGGCAGUUAUAUCCCUCAGUGUGAGAAGGACGGAAGUUACUCCACAAUGCAAUGCCACGGAUCCACAGGCUACUGUUGGUGUGUGGAUCAGACUGGGCGAGAAAUUGACGAUACUAGAGGCAGACAGCGAGGGGCUGUGAAUUGCACUGGGGUUAUCUCAAAAAAGGUUCUCACCAAAUGUGAACAGAUGAAAGUAAAAGCAGAAAAAACUCUUCUCUUGGGUGUUAAAAAGCCACAAUGUGAGGCUGAUGGUAGCUUUAAACAGGUGCAGUCAUGGGAAGGCUAUCAGUGGUGUGUAGAUGAGAAUGGUAUCGAACUUCUGGGAACAAGAGUUGAACCUGGUAAAUCAACUCCAAAUUGCAGUGAAGCCUGUAGGCCAGUGCUAUGUAUGAUUUAUUGUCAGUAUGGCUUCGCCAAAGAUGAACGUGGUUGCCAAAGAUGCGAAUGCGCCAGGGCUCCUUUAAAACCUGGUUUAUGUCCAAAAUCACCUUCCACUACUGGUCUUGAUUGUAAUGAAGACCUGGAGUGUGGUGGAACGUUGAAGUGUUGUCAGAAAAAGUGCAGUGAGCCCGUUAUUCACGUGAAACCAGGUUAUUGUCCUCUUGUAAACACUUCACAUGCUGGUGAUUGUACAAGCGAGUGCUCUCAAGACAGCGAAUGUAGCGGAAAUGAAAAAUGUUGCGCCAGCGGCUGUAGUCGAAAGUGCAUGCGUCCUGCUAGAGAAGUUUGUCCAAAUGGAGCUCCACUGGUUAUGUGUCUACGUAACAUGUGCGAUGAUGACGUCAGCUGUCCAGCCUAUCCCCAGGCUACAUGCCAAAUGAAUUACUGUGGUCAUUGUUCUGUCGAGUUCGUGUUUGCAAACGGCACUAUAGCCGAUUGUGGCAAAAAAGAGGUUGUAUCAAAACAAAAGAGAGUUCACUGCCAAGAAAAGAACAGCACGUUGUACUUUUGUCCUUCUUCAUUGUGUAAAGAUAAGACCUGUGCCAGGAAUCCAAAAGCAACAUGUCGUGUGCCAGCCUUGAGUUGCGACUGCGCUGUCGAGUUCUAUGAUGAAAAUGGAAAUGAAGUUGACUGUUUGACCGAAUGUCAACGCAAGCGAAAAAAACUGGAGACUGGUCCCCUGUUGCUCGGAGCAUUUAAGCCUAGGUGUGAGGGAGAUGGUACAUACAGUCGUAUACAGUGUCAUGGAUCUACCGGCUAUUGUUGGUGCUCUUCCCCGGAUGGCACCGAGUGGCCUGGAACGAGAGUACGUGGUCAACCUGAAUGCGACUACAGCAAAAGUCCUGUCAGAAGUGUUCACGUGAGGUUAUCCCUUGAUGCUAGUUUUGACAGCGUUAAAGAUUCCCUUAAGGAUUUCGAAACGGUGAUACUUAAUUUCCUGCAAGAUCGAUUUGAAAUACAUCCGCGGCAGGUUCAUAAUCUCAAGGUUACCAGUGGUAGUAUUAUUGUCAAAUUCGAGUUAGUGAAAUACGAAGAAGGCAGAAAUUUGAGAAAUGCCUCAAGUCAGAUCCGUGAAGCGGUUUUAGAAGGAACAUUUUUAAUUAAAUUUGGCGGUGAAACAAUGGUGGCAAAACCUGAAUCAUAUCAAGAAAGUGCUGAAUUGACAAGUGUAGAAACGGAGACGAGGAAUUCAAGCAGUACCCCAGUAUUGGCAAUCGCUCUUGGAGUUGUGUUUGGAAUACUGGCUGUUAUCUUGAUUGUCGGAAUUUUAUUCAUGGUUAGAAAACGAAGACAAAAACAUCGUGGGAUGUCGGUAAAUACCUACGACUCAUCACGACCAGCACUUAAAGACGAUUUCUAAUCUAAUAGCGACGACUUUUUUAGUUUUUACUGAUUUUUCAUGUACUAUCAAAAGUAGUGAAUGAAAAGUUUUAAUUUUUCAAUAAAUAUAUUGUCAAUUUA